UGUCGUCUGCUAUUUUAGUCGGCGUCGAUCGGUUUAUUUUGCUUGUGUUGAAGUGUCAAGUGCAUUUUCGACACAAAAAAAAAGCAUGAAUCGUCAAUCAUAUAGCCGUACUGAAUUAGCACUGCUAUAACUAGAAUUAUCCACCCCUAGUUUUAUUUAUGUGUUAGUAUAUGUGUGAAAGUGAGAGUUUGUUUAUUGACAUAUUAAACAACAUAACCAAGACAAAAUGAUGGCAAUAUCCCUGAAAGGCUUUGGGAAAAAGUUCAUUGUGGCUGGUUUCAUAUUUCUCACCAUUCAAUACCUUAGUUAUUUGUGUCUUGCCUUCCUUGGCCGAGAUAAGCCCACUGAACGAGAACUUGUACGGCUACAAGACAAUGGACCAAUAGGUAUUGAAAUUUCAGUCAAUGGAAAAUUCUUAGAAGAAGCCAAAAUGUUUGAUCAAGUUUUCAGAUUUUCAAAGUGUUUACCAUUCAUCAUUAGCCCUAAAGUCUUGGCACAUGUAUGGAAUGUUAGGCAAAAUAUCACUGAUUGUGUUGGGGAUGGCUAUAAUUGCAUGCUGGAAAGCGAUGAUAUGUUUUUUGGACUGGAGGGAGACUGUAUCAACAGGAAGACAUUGCUGAGUUCUAUGACAAAUGGUCUGAAUAGAUAUGGCUUUAAUAUUUCACAUACCAAAACAAAGAAGUUUAUUGGCUUGCCAGGAGUAUUCAAAUCAUUCACCACAAGUCUAAUUUUGAAGCGAUUGUAUGGCUUCACCGUAGUCAUAUUUCAUAGCAGAGAGGAUAACUUCUGGUGGCAUGGUUCGAUUUAUGAAGAUAAGGAUGCCGUUGGAAACUUGGCAAGGGCUAAACUUCUUCCUGACAACUUGCAGCUCAUGCAUCGUGAGGGUGCAAUUCCAAAAUUUGAACUUGAAGAAGUCAAAUUGUUUCAUUACAACUUUAUGGUACCAAAGAAUAUCCCUGCCUUUUUGAGAGCCAUUUCUGGUUCAGCUGCAGAUUUUAUUGAGUGCAAUUACAGAGCAGUAGAAAUAUACUAUAGACACUACAACAGAGACACAUCUGAGGAGGCAGAGCGCUUCAGACAUCAAGCAUGGAAGCUACUAUCUAGGGCUAAAAGAAUAUUGAAUGAUUUAGAUGUGCCUUUUUGGCUUAGUAGUGGAACUUGUUUAGGGUACUUGCGACAGUGUGAAUUCAUCCCGUAUAGUCAAGAUGUUGAUCUUGGUGUAUUUGCAUCUGACUAUAAAGAAGAAAUAAUUCCUGCAUUCAUGUCACAUGGAUUUGAACUGCACCAUACUUUUGGGAUAUUAAAUGAUAGCUACCAAAUUGCUUUUAAGUAUGGUAAAAUAAAACUUGACAUAUUCUUCUUUUACCUUGACCAAGAGAAGGGAACCAUGUGGAAUGGAGGAACUGAGGCAAGAUCUGGGAGAAAAUUUAAGUACACAUUUCCUCCCUUUUCAUUAUGUUGGACUGAAUUUCUUGAGCUCCUAGUGAGGGUGCCGUGUAAUAUAACUAAAUAUAUUGAAGCAAAUUAUGGUCCAAAUUGGCAGACGCCUGUCACCAAGUGGAGCUGGAAAUUAAGUCCUCCAAAUUCAGAACCAAAUGGUAUGUGGCCAAGAGAACAAUGGCCACAAGUCAUCAACAUUCAGCGUUUUUAAUUCCCCUGGAAUGGUUUUAUCAUCUGGCUGUACUAGUUGCAAUGUGAUAAAUGAAUUACCCAAUUGAACGUCAGGCUGAAAAAAGACUGCAUUAGUUAAGCCAUAAAUGUAAGUGCAAUCAAGUAAAUAUUUCUAGUCCUUAACAUUUUACAGAGCAUUGUGUCAAAUGCAUAGUCAACUUUCAUACUGUUAAUUGUACAAGUCACGAUCUGUUCGUUAUAAUAAAGCCAGUAUUUUUACAAAUAGAUAA